AUGACCCAAACAACUUUGCUUCAAUACGAAGCACCAUGGCCUGUACACGCGCUCGAUUGGUGCAAGUCAACUGCACCUGGACAUCAAUCUCGUCCACGAUCGGCUUUCCGUCUCGGAAUUGCAUCCUUCUCUGAAGACUAUCGGAAUCGGAUUGCUAUCGUAGGACUUCAAGAUGAGCGCGUCCUUGUCGAAGAUGAUUAUACCGAUUACCCCGACUUUGUGACACUGGUGGAGGCGAACCAUGGAUACCCAGCCACCAAUCUGCAAUGGCAACCUGCGAGUGCGAGCGGCUUCUCGUGGACUGGUAAAGCGCCAGCUGCAGAGUUACUUGCGACGACUGGAGAUGCAUUGAGGGUAUGGGAGUAUUUUGGAGAUGCGCCACCAGCGUCGUCGGCUUAUGUUGGGAGGCAGCCCACGGGUGGAGGGCAUCGGUUGACACUUAAGACGGCAUUGUCUGGGCAAUCCAAAGUGCAAAGCCAGUCUACCGGACCACCAUUAACCAGCUUCUCUUGGAAUGAGAAAGCCCCCAGCUUAGUUGUCACAUCAUCAAUAGACACGACGUGUACCGUCUGGAACAUCGAUACGUCCACUGCCAUAACACAACUCAUUGCUCACGAUCGAGAAGUUUACGAUGUUGCAUGGCUUCCGGGAUCGACAGAUAUAUUCGUAUCAGUUGGGGCAGAUGGUAGUCUUCGUGCGUUUGACCUACGGAGUCUCGAACAUUCUACUAUUCUGUAUGAAACACCGGCACCCAAAAGCGGUCCGACCGCAGCCUCAGCAUCAUCGCGUCUACCUACAUCGCCUCUCUUACGCAUUGCAUUCAACCCUGCUGACUCAAAUUACAUGUCCACAUUUCAUAUGGAUGGACAGGAUGUGCAGAUUUUGGAUAUGCGGAGUCCUGGUCAGCCGGUGAUAGAACUGAGAGGGCAUCGCGCGCAGGUGAACGCGAUGGGAUGGAGCACAACAGAUAGACCAACACUGGCUACCGCAGGGGAUGAUUGCCAAGUUCUACUUUGGGACCUUGCUACCUACACACAAACGGCAACCUCUCCUCGCACUGCAAAUUCUCGCUUAAAUUCACCACGGCCAGACGUGAAGAAACGUGUGGUCAACGAUCCGAUAAUGGCCUAUUCUGCUAGCAGCGAAGUGACCAACCUCGCAUGGUCUCCUCAGAUACCAGGGAUGACGAUGAAUACGGGACACUCGACAGCGCCUGGAGAGUGGCUAGCGAUUGCAAGCGGGAAGUCUAUCAAGGCACUCAAGGUGUGA